UUGUCUCGCCAUCAGCAGUUGCAUAGGUCCAACAUUACAAAACACGCAAAAUUUCUCUCGAUCUGACGAGCUCAGGUCUGAAGGUCUUCAUUCUAUUUUCGAGUCCUUAAAUAGGUAGUAACCAGGCACCAACUUGACUGUUCCAGUCACCAACCAGUCCUGGUCCAGUUAGAGCCUCCAGCAGAAUGUCACAGAUGGACAGCGGCAGCUCAAGUGAAAGCGGUGAUUCUCUUUCAGAGAAGGAGGAGAAAGUCAUCAUCGACCCAUUCUUCACCGAGAAGGAAGCCGCCAUUCUCAAAGCAUGUUCCCAACGAGACCUCACCAAACUCCGUGACCUCGCCGAAUCACGAGGGGGUUUCCUAACCGACGAACUUCGUCAACAAGCAUGGCCCAUCCUCCUCGGCCUCCCACCAGACUCCUCCUCCUCCUCCUCCUCCUCCUCCUCCUACUCCUCCUGGGACUCCCUCCCCCCUCACCAAGACGAAGACCAAGUCCAACUCGACGUCGACCGGUCCUUCACCUACUACCCCUCCCACACCUCCGACUCCGCGCGCUCCUUACAAAAAUCCCUUCUCUCCUCGCUCAUCCUCUCCGUUCUCCGCCGGCACCCCUACCUCCACUACUUCCAAGGCUACCACGACAUCUCCCAAGUCCUUUUACUCGUCCUCCCCGCCCACCUGCGCUCGCCCGCACUCGCCCGCCUCUCCGCCCUCCGCAUCCGCGACUUCAUGCUUCCCAACCUCCAAGCAGCCAUCGCCCAACUGCGCCUCAUCCCCGACAUUCUAAGGGUAUCCGACCCGCCUCUCUGGCGGCACCUAUCAGGAACCGAACCCUUCUUCGCCUUGUCCGGGACGAUAACCAUGUACGCGCACGACAUCACCACCCUCGGAGAAAUCACCCGCUUGUUCGAUGUUUUGUUGGCGAGGGAACCCGUGUUUAGCGUGUACAUGUUUGCUGCGAUCGUCAGGUCGCGGAGGGAAGAGCUGUUUGAGACGCCGGAAGACGAGCCGGAGAUGUUGCAUUCGAUUCUGUCCAAGCUGCCGCAGCCGCUGGAUCUGGAAGGGCUGAUUGGCGAUACGGUGGCGCUGUUUGCAAAGUAUCCACCUGAACGGCUGCCGAGUUGGCGGUGGGGGAUUUCGGGGUCGAGUGUGCUGAAGACGGCGAGAGAGGGGGACAAGAAUAAAGGGGCGACUGGGCAGACGAUGGAAGAUGGAAAGAGGUUUUUUGAGAGGCAGGUGAGGGAGUUGUUGUGGUUGGAGAGGAGGGACAAGGCAAGGAAGUGGAUGUGGAAGAAUAGGAGGCCGGUGAGGACGUUGGGGCUGGCGGUUUUGGUGGGUAUUAUUGCGAUAUUGCUGAGGAGGGCGCCGGGCGGGCCGAUGGCUUGGGUCAUGGGGGUUGUAAAUCGGUGGUGGUUGACGUAGAUGGGAGGUGAAGUAGAGCAUCAUCAUGGAAAUGGAACUUGUAAAAGCAGGAGACCACCAAGGGCGAGGAUUGCUGUGAAACAACUGUCAUAAACGUGGAUACCCAGAACUCGAGAC